AUGCUCCCGCCGGCUGUCAUCAUCUCGCAUAUGGUCAACCUCAACUCUCGCAAAUGGCCCAUGAAGAACGCAUUUGCGGAAUGGAGCCUCAAGUCCUUCCGUACCAAGCAGAAGCUUGCCAAGUCGCAGAAGCAGAACCGCCCUGUGCCCCAAUGGAUCCGUCUGCGCACCAACAACUCCGUCCGCUACAACGCUAAGCGCAGACACUGGAGAAAGACCAAGCUCGGCAUCUAA